AUGCGACGGCAAACAAGUGACUCGAAUGCUAAUAAAGUGUUAUUAACGAAUGAAAAAGAGACGUUAAAGUUAGCAAAACAACAAACGAAUACUUCAAAAAAACAAGUUUCUCCAACGAAGAAACAAUCCAAAAAAUCGAACAAAAGUCUGCCAAAGCCCGAACAGAUACCGGCAGCUGAUGGAACGAAUAAAAAGAAAGAAACGAAUGUUGUUCACGUAUCGAAUGAAGCAAAGAAGGUGAAUGAACAAGUGAAGGAAUUAAAGUGCGAUCAAAACAAGAAUGAGAAGGAAUCAAAUUUAUUACAAAAGCAACAGUCAAAAGAGCAGCAAAAGCGAGAAGCAGCAGAUGUUGUUGACAUACAAUAUUUACCGAAUGCCCAAAUAAAAACAAACGGCGACAUGAAUUCCAAGUCGGAUGAGUUGAAAAAGAAAACUGCGACAGCGCAAAGUGCUGAAGGACAAGGAACGUUGCCGAACAUAAUGACUAGAACAACAACAACGAACGCUUUGAUUGGCUCGAAAUCAGUCUUCAAAACAACACCAGAUAAAGACAAACUAAGUUUUGCUCAGUGCGGCAAGGGUGCACCUCGACUGUUGGACAGGGGUACAGUUUUGCUGGAGAAAUAUCACGUUGAACAAAUGAUCGGCGGUGGAGGGUUCGGACAAAUAUACCGAGCGUUUGAUGAGUCAAAGAAAAGAAUCGCAGCUGUGAAAGUCAUUCCAUCGGAUCACGAACCGGCUAGGAUGGUACUCGAACAAAUGAUUUUACUCAAACUUCGUGGCUGUAAACAUAUACCUAGACUGUAUGCAAGUGGUUGUACUGAAACGGUACAUUUCAUCAUUAUGGAAUUACUCGGCAAAAAUCUUUCCGAAUUACGAAAACGUGAAUCGACGCAACGCUUCUCGCUAGUGUGCAUUGUGAUAAGACAGUCCGGUGAGGAACGGAAGAAGAGGGAAUUCGCUGGAUUUCGAGGAACAAUGAGAUAUGCUUCUUUUAAUGUACAUCUUGGCAAAGAGCAGUUGAACAUCUGUGAAACGCAACGACACUUGCAGACACCAGAAGACGAUUUCAUCAGUUUGUACUAUUCAUUUGUUGAAUUGGGUGAAGGCGUUUUACCGUGGAAAAGUACGAAAAAUUCGAAUGAAGUAAAAACAUUGAAGUUAGAAACGUCAUUUGUUGAAUUUUUCAAAUUCUUACCAAAAAGUUUCGAUGAAUUUCUGCAAUACAUCAUCAAAAUUUCGAAAACCGAUCAACAUAUCAACUACGAUGAAUUAAAGCAGUCGUUACGGGUGAAGAAUUAA